AUGGCAUCCCUUUUUAGCAUCCUCUGCACGGCUUCGAUCGUUGUCUUCUUGGCUGUCAAAUUUGCUGCGGCUAGGGAAUUCAAAAUGGGUGGUGAUUUGGGUUGGCAUGAACAUGCCCCAACGUCACUGCAUUUUAUAAUCAUUGGGAUGCAAGGAACAGUUUUUGUGUACCAGAAUGACUCAGUUAUGAGUGUGGAGAAAUGGAACUACUUUCAUUGUGACUCAAAUAGCCCCAUUGAUAUAUUUGAUGACGGGAACAGCACAGUGAUUCUUGAAGGCCCUGGGGUGUUCUACUUCAUCAGUGGAACUGAAGAUCAUUGCCAGAACAGUGAGAAAUUGAUUGUAGAGGUGAUGUCGCCACAUUCAAUUCCAAACUCUCCACCACCACAAGCACAAGGUUUCUCAUCAUUGGCUCCUUCACCUUCUCAUAGCUCAGGGGUUUCUGUCUCCAUAUUGCUUGGUUCAGUCUUUAUGGCUCUUUUAACCACUUUUCCAACCCUGAACUUCUCUUCUUCUGGUCACAGUGCUUAA